ACAAAUUCACCCAACAAAAAGAUGAAGAUGGAGGCUUCAAGCUCUACACUAAUUUUACUCUCACUUGUUUCUCUUCUCCUCAUCUCUGUUUCAUGGGCAUCUUCAUCAGCUCAUACGAACCAGAACUUUCUUCAAUGCCUCUACACUUCCGGCAACUCCACCUCCAUCUCCGAAGUCAUUUACACCCCGACCAACUCCUCCUACACAUCAAUCUUGCAGUUCCCAAUUCAAAACUUUCGAUUUUUGACACCCAACACACCAAAGCCACAGGUCAUCGUCACCCCUUUGCAUGAAUCUCACAUUCAAGACGCCAUUAUUUGCUCCAAGAAGUAUGGCAUGCAGAUCAGAGUUCGGAGCGGAGGCCACGACUUCGAGGGCCUUUCCUACGUCGCUGAUCACGGUGACGUUCAUCCGUUCGUCGUCAUCGAUCUCAUAAAUCUUCGCUCAGUUAGUGUUGAUGUAGAAAAUGGAGCCGCGUGGGUUCAAGCGGGCGCAACAAUUGGAGAACUUUAUUACGCAAUUGCGAAGAAGAGUAGAACUCUUGGCUUCCCGGGAGGCGUUUGCCCCACUGUGGGCGUCGGCGGACACAUAAGCGGAGGAGGGUACGGCACAAUGGUGCGCAAAUACGGCCUUGCAGCCGAUCACGUGAUCGACGCUCGCAUAGUCGAUGUCAAUGGCAGAAUUCUGGACAGAGAAGCCAUGGGGGAGGAUCUGUUCUGGGCCAUUAGAGGAGGAGGAGGAGCCAGCUUCGGAGUCAUUCUCGCCUGGCAAAUCAAAUUGGUUCCGGUCCCAUCAACCGUGGCCGUGUUCAGACUCAACAGAACCUUGGAGCAAAACGCAACCCACCUCGUCCACCGGUGGCAGUAUGUCGCCGACAAGAUUGACGAAGACCUACUGAUCAGAGUCAUCGUGAGAACCGUAAACUCCACCCGCGGCGGGAAGCAGAACCAGAGUACUGUACAAGCAACGUUUAGUUCAUUUUUCCUGGGCGGCGUUGAAGGGCUCCUAGAGGUGAUGCAAAAGAGCUUCCCGGAGCUGGGAUUGGCGAAAGAGGACUGCAUCGAAAUGAGCUGGAUCGAAUCAGUCCUCUACGUCGCGGGAUUUUCCCGCGGCCAGCCCCUCGAUGUAUUGCUCAACAGGACUCCUCUGGUGAGGGCGUUUUUCAAAACCAAAUCAGACUAUGUUAGAGAACCCAUUUCUAAAAUUGGGCUGGAGAGAAUAUGGGAGAGGCUUUACCAUAUGAACGUAGGAGAAGCGCAGCUAUACCUGACGCCAUUUGGAGGAAGAAUGAAUGAUAUCUCGGAGAGCGAAACACCAUUCCCGCACAGAGCCGGGAACGUUUACCAAAUUCCGUACUUGCUGGUGUGGGGGGAGGAAGGGGCUCCGGCGCUGAAACGGCACUUGGGUUGGAUGAGAAAGCUCUACGGCUAUAUGGCGCGCUAUGUUUCGAAGUCUCCAAGGGCAGCGUACAUCAAUUACAGGGAUCUGGAGUUGGGAGUGAACGCCCCCAGAGGCAGCACCAGUUACAAACGUGCAAGCACUUGGGGCCUCAAAUAUUUCAAGAACAACUUCAACAGAUUAGUGCAUGUGAAGACCAUGGUUGAUCCGGGGAAUUUCUUCAGGAACGAACAAAGCAUCCCAUCUCUUGCUGUCUAAUGCGUUGAGGAAGAGGAAGAUAGGCGGUUGGAUGGUGUCAAGCUGAAGGACGUAAUUGGAGAGCAUUCUUGUUAAUUAAAAUUUGUGCGUUGGUUUCUUUUUUGUGCAGGGCCUGUCCUGGUAGCUAGCUAGAAAAAACAGAUUUAAUUUAAUUACCCAUUUCAAAGAAUAAUUUUUGUUUUUUGUUUAUAUUGACAUUAAUUUUAAUUUGUUCCUUCU